AUGGCUUCCCAAAGAAAACUGAUAAUGGUUGUGAUACUAUCGUCGUUGCUCAUGAAAGUAGCAUUAUCUCAAUACGGUGUAGUGAUGGGUAAGAGUAUAUUCAAAUGGGAAUUUUUUCCAAUGAUAUCUGUAUACAUCACAAACGAUAUCGGAGGUGGUUUGGUGCUACAUUCUGGUUGUUAUACUAGCAGAAAUGGGUAUCGUCGUAUUAGAGACUUUUUUCCAGGGAGUAUGAAAAUAUUCGCUGAAUUCAGGAAAACUUACUGGGGACGAACUCGCUAUCAUUGUGAAUUUAGAUUUGGAGAUGAAACACAAAUACAUCGUUUUUCUCUUUAUAAAGAUAUCAGAGAUAAUAUUGACAAAUAUCAGUGCAGACACUGUUUUUGGUCCAUCAGAAGGAAUGGACCUUGUGCUCUUAAUUCACAUACUGGAAAAUAUGAUAUUUGUUAUGCUUGGGAUAAAUAA